AUUUUGAUCUAUCAAUGAAAAUGAUGGUUUCAUGUUCUAUCUAUUCAUGGAUGGUUUCUCUCUCGUAGCACAGCCAGGUUCAUUUUUGUAUCGUACACCGAUUCUAGACAUUCGCGUAUGAGAACAACACUUCCAUCCCAAGAGUUUAAGUUUUUGAAAAAUAUUUUAUCGUUUGCAUCUCAAUCAGUACAUUCUAGUUCUUUAGUGUGGACUCGAGCUACUGCAUCGUUGUCUACAUCUAGUACUUUCCUUGCCGUUCCAUCACGACAACCGAAUCUUCCCCCCGACACAGAACUGACAUCCCCAAUUUUUGCAGAACGAGUGUCCUUUUCAGUACCACAACAACACCCUAGUUGUACGAACGACAUCAGUCCGGAUCAGCAGAAAUCUUCUUUUUCGUCCUGCAAAUACAACACUGCGAAAAUGGCGCAGCAGAAGGGCAAGAAGGCUGAGGGCCACGAGCUCUCGAUCCUGAACACCAAGGAAGAGAAGUUCGCGGACUGGUAUCCUGAGGUGAUCAAAAAAGCAGAGCUGAUCGAGUACUAUGAGAUCUCGGGAUGCUACAUUCUCCGUCCGUACGGUUUUUUCAUGUGGGAGCAGGUGCAGGCAUUCAUCGAUUCCCACAUCAAAAAGCUCGGCGUCCAGAACUCGUACCUACAAGAUUCUUAAGCAUCUUCAUGAUGAUGUAGUUUUUUUUCGAAAACAAGGAACACGACGAAGCAGAUUAUGAUUUGCUCACCCUGUGUGCAUGUGUUUUUUUAGAAAUAUUUGUCCCCACCCUGGCACCCGACUGUAUUAAUCUCGUUCGUCAAUGUUUUCUACAGGUAUUUUCCGCUUUUUGUAUCGAAGGAUGCAUUGGAAAAGGAAAAGGACCACGUAGAGGGCUUCGCCCCGGAAGUCGCAUGGGUCACAAAGGCCGGUGAUUCUGAUCUUCCGAAGCCGAUCGCAAUUCGCCCGACCUCAGAGACAAUCAUGUAUCCGGCAUACGCGAAGUGGGUAAGAAACAUGAAUAAUUCUAUUCUCAGAAUAGAUACUUCCAUCAAGAACUACUCAGCUGUUCAAUCAGAUCUUCGACCCCGUUGUGCUUCAGGUGGUUUACUCUGUUAUGAUCCUUUAUUGAAAAAUGUGCACCGAAACCGAGUUGUUCCUGCUCGUGCAUCGAUCUAUCUUCCUUUAUUUUAUAUAGAUUCGUUCGCACCGUGACUUGCCUUUGAAGCUGAAUCAGUGGACUAGCGUGGUCAGAUGGGAGUUUAAGUAUCCGACGCCGUUCAUCCGCACUCGUGAGUUCUUGUGGCAAGAAGGACACACAGCCCACGCCACCAUGGAAGAAGCUGAGAAGAUGGUCCUGGAUAUCCUUGAUCUUUACGAGAAAACCUACGCUGAUAUCCUCGCAGUACCAGUUGUGAAGGGCGUCAAGUCAGAAAAGGAGAAAUUCGCCGGCGGAUACAUGACAACUACUGUCGAAGCGUAAUGGAUUUGUUGUUGUUUUUGCCACAUUUGGACCUGGACGAUUCUGCUGAAGCUAGGUGGAUUUGCUGAUUUUUUGAACAACCUGCUUUUACCUGAGAACCAUACGAAAAUAGCCUUCUAAAUACUCGCAUUCCUAUUAUUACAGAUAUAUCCCGACAAACGGACGCGCUGUGCAGGGCGCGACUUCUCACCACCUCGGUGAAAACUUCUCGCAGAUGUUUGGCAUCCAGUACGAAGACGAUAAGGGAAAGAAGCAAUACGCGGCACAAACCUCUUGGGGAUUCACAACCAGAAGCAUCGGAGUCAUGGUAACAAAGUGUUUGAAGUUUCUUGUCUCUAAUUUGGUUUACUCGCCCGUAAUUUUAUGUAUCAAAUCCUGCUUGAAUCUCGUUCUAUUCUAGAGUUAUGCCAAAACGAAUUGUUCAACAUCUCUUGUUGUUUUCGCCCAUUGUUCAGAUCAUGAUCCACGGUGACAACACGGGUCUGGUGCUGCCGCCGCGGGUGGCGCAGACGCAGGUGGUGAUAGUUCCGAUCCCGGGAAAGAAGAUGGACUGGGAGGUGCUGAACUUGAAGGCGCGAGAACUGGGCGCGCGCCUGAGCGAGGACGCCGACGUCCGUGUGCACGUGGAUGACCGAAGGAACUACAAUCCGGGCUACAAAUACAACCACUGGGAACUGAAGGGUGUGCCAAUCCGCUUGGAGCUGGGAGAGAAGGACUUGGAACAAAACGUAGUCACGGUUGCAACUCGAUACAACAAGCACGACAAAGAUUUCAAGAAGUUUACGAUUCCAAUCGACGACGCAGUGAAGGAAAUGCCGGCACUCUUGAAGAACAUCCACGAUAAUAUGCUUGCACGAGCCACCGCUGUGCGAAACGAUAACAUCGUCAUCGUCAAGACUUGGGAAGAGGUACACAGACUGAAUUUCUCGAUUACCAUUUCGCCUUUUUUGUAUCAUGACAACCGGUUAGUUUUCACCUCUGAAAUUCUAAGGUUAUCCCAUGCAACAACCUUUUUUGUAUCAUGAUUAGAAAAGGGUGGCAGCAUAUAGUCCUAACGCAAAAAAAAAAUCUACGGGGGGUAGGAACGACACUAACAGGGGCAUACACAUGGCAAUACCUCAAUACAAAUCGAUAGGAGUAACGGACAUUCUGAUAUAAGAUGUUUUGAAUAUCAAGGUCUUCUAUGUAUCUAUAAAUGUAUUCCAAAAAGUGGAAGUGAAAACUCCUAACAACGAACACAGAUGGUCGCUCAGCUAGACAAGAAAGUGCUCUUCUUGUGCCCGUGGUGCGAGACGACUGAGAGUGAGGAAGAAAUCAAAAAGCUGACGAAAGAAAUAUCCGAGAAGCACGCACAGGAGCAACAGUCUCAGGCUGCAUUGGAAGAGAAUGGUGAGGAGUUUGCCCCGGCGCUCUCCGGUGCCAUCAAGACGCUCUGCAUUCCGCUGAUGCAGCCGGAAAUGCCGAAGGGCCAGCGAUGCUUCUUCAAGAAGGACCAGCUUGCCAAGCGAUGGUGCCUGAUGGGCAGAAGCUACUAAGUUUUUUCAUUUUGCUGAUGCUGAGUGAAGGAGCUGUGGAUCACGCGGAGAAGUGAUUAAAGCAAACUAUUCAGACGCAUAUAACUUCCCACGGGGGGAGGGGCACUGAUUCCUCUUGAUUAUUUUCAUCACGAGUCGCCACGCUGCCUAUUCGUUGAUGAAAGGAUACAUCAACGACUUCAUCUCUGCGGGUCCUCUAACUGGGCUUGAUGUUAAAGUGUAGAUGGGCCCCACAUGAUAUUGAAAAAGGAGCUUGAUGAACGCCUAAAUACCUUUUUCCAAGAGGCGUUCCCCAGGAAUUUCGUUGGUGUAGAAAAUGUGAGGAUUCGGAUGCAUCCCACAACGCGCAAAUCAUUUUUUCGCAGAAGUAUGUGGUUUCACCUACGCUCAUAACGCAUACGCAUACAGACGACAGAUAAGAUGGCAACGACG